CACAGAGCACCAGCAGUGCAGCACGGAGCCAAUGCACCUAUCGUUUGUUUCUUCCAUGUCACAGAGAAAAAAGAGGCAAGGAUCCAAAGCACACAUUCCCAUCACACCACACAGGCAUACACCACUCCAUGGCAGGCAGGCACCACUUCCGAGGCCCCUCUCCCCUCCUGCUUUCCCUGCAGUCAGUCACAGCUGUUCAGUUCAGUCGCUUCAGCGUUCACCCUUCUUUCCUCUCCAACCUCACAAGCUUGUAGCUACUAGCAAGAGCUUAGCUCACUUCUCUUCUCUUCUAUCUUAGCUCGUGUGUGAUCGUCAGCUAGCUCGUGGGGGGCUCCUCGAGGGUUGCCGUCCCCGGCGCACGGCAAUGCUAGCGCAGCUGUUGCUCGUGCAGCUCCUCUUGUUCCUCCAUUCUUCCGCGUCCUCGGCGGCCCACGACCACCAUUACCGGAGCAGGAGGGCGCUGCACGAGCCGCUGUUCCCUCUGGAGAGCACGCCCGGGCUGCCGCCGCCGCCCCCAGCGCCGUUCUUCCCGUUCUUGCCCGGCGCCGCGGCGCCGCCGACACCGACGCCGACGCCGGAGGUUGGUUCUGCCUCCACCUCCGCAGGCGCCGGCGCCAACGCGGGCGAUUCGUCAACCUCCUCCUCGCCGCACCCUACGGCGCCGGCCAACAUUUCGUCCUUGGCCGCGCUGCCCGUCUCCCACUCCGCGCCGCUCCGGUCCUUCCUCUCUUCCCACCGCCUCCUCACUGUUCUCAUCCUGGUCGUCGGCGUCGCCGCGGCCGUGCUCGCCGCGGCGCUCGUGUACCUCCUCGCCUGCCGCGGUCGCCGACACUUCUCCAAGGAAGAACCCUCUGUGCAUACAAAGCCCGCCUCGCUUUCACCGGCCAUCCCCGUCAUCUACGACGGCGAUCAGCAUGGCCGGGCCUCGACGGCCACCGUUUCCAGCACCAGCUCGCCGGAGCUCAGACCGAUGCCGCCUCUACCGCGGCAGUUCCAUCAGUCACGGAUGAGCUUGCCGUCAAGUUCAAAAAUGGUUCUUGAUGACGGAACAGGGGGCAAGCAAGCGCCAGAGAUUGCUCCACCUCCGCCUCCUCCUCCCCUGCCGCCGCCAAUGCCACCCGCGAAAGACAACGGUAGCGCGCAAUCAGCGCCUGCACCUCCGGCGCCCCCACCGUCGCUGCCGCGAGCCGGCAACGGCAGCGGCUGGCUGCCUCGGCGGCACUCCGAACACCCUGCGGCCACGGUGAUCAGGGCCUCGGCGGGUGCAGUUCACCCGGAGGAAUCUCCGGGGCGCUCCCCGUCCGAGAAGGACGCGAGCGCGGACUCGGACACCGCUGCUCGGCCGAAGAUGAAGCCACUACACUGGGACAAGGUGAGCGCGAGCUCCGGCCGGCCGACGGUGUGGGACCAGCUCAAGGCAAGCUCGUUCCGAGUGAACGAGGAGAUGAUCGAGACAUUGUUCGUCUCAAAUUCGACGAGGAGAUCAUCCAAGAAUGGAGUCAAAGGGGCAAAUGCCAGUUUGUGCACCCAGGAGAACAAGGUGCUCAACCCGAAGAAAUCGCAGAAUAUCGCGAUAAUGCUGAGGGCGCUCGAUGCUACGAAGGAAGAAGUCUGCAAGGCCCUCUUGGAUGGGCAGGCAGAGAGCCUUGGAACUGAGCUGUUGGAGAUGCUGCAGAAGAUGGCGCCUAACAGAGAAGAGGAGAUCAAGCUGAAAGAAUAUAGAGAGGAUGCUCUAUCUAAGCUUGGCCCAGCCGAAAGCUUCCUGAAGGCAGUGCUCGCUAUACCGUUCGCUUUUAAGAGAGUGGAAGCAAUGCUCUACAUCACCAAUUUUGAUUCAGAGGUUGACUAUCUCAAGACCUCCUUCAAAACUCUUGAGGCAGCAUGUGAAGAGCUAAGGAGCAGCAGGUUGUUCCACAAGAUCUUAGAUGCCGUUCUGAAGACCGGUAACCGCAUGAACACUGGCACGAACCGUGGGAAUGCACGAGCCUUCAAGCUUGACGCACUCCUCAAGUUAGUCGAUGUAAAGGGUGCCGAUGGCAAGACGACUCUUCUGCACUUUGUCGUCGAAGAAAUUAUCAAGUCUGAAGGAGCUAACAUUCUAGCCGCUGGCCAACCAACCGAUCAGGCCAGUGCUCUUGCAGAUGAUAUCCAAUGCAAGAAGGUAGGCCUUAAAAUUGUCACCAGCCUUGGCGGUGAGCUUAACAACGUCAAGAAGGCGGCAGCAAUGGACUCCGAUGCGCUGGCCAGCUGCGUUUCCAAACUCUCCUCAGGCGUUAGAAAGAUCAGCGAGGUCCUGCAGUUGAACCAGCAGCUCGCUUCCGAAGAUAGCUGCAAGAGGUUCCGCGCCUCCAUCGGAGAGUUCUUGCAGAAGGCCGAAGCUGAGAUCUUUGCAGUGCAAGCUCAGGAGCGCCUUGCCCUCUCCCUUGUCAGGGAGACGACCGAGUUCUUCCAUGGUGACUCGGUGAAGGAGGAAGGGCACCCUCUAAGGAUCUUCAUGGUGGUGCGCGACUUCCUCACUGUUCUUGAUCGUGUCUGCAAGGAUGUGGGGAAGAUGAAUGAACGAGUAGCAUUCAGCUCCUCACGGCGGCUGGAGAAUGCAUCUGUUCCUCCAAGGUCUAACACAGUGCAAUCCACAAGCUCGGAGGAGAGCUCGUCUUCCUAGCCGUUAGGAUGAACCACUGAUAGUACCAGUAGUCUGAGCAGGAAUCUGUAUCUUAUUGUCUAGAAGAACAGCAAUGCAGGCUCCGACUUAGGACCAUAAAUAUUUUGUACCUGGAGAAGUGUAGAGAAGAUAAAUGAGUUAGGACCAUAAAUAUGUCCUGCAUGAUUCAGUAUGAGUCCGUUUGGUUACCUGUAUGGUCUUAGCCUGGCUCAUAUUAGGGA